AUGGAGAAGAAAUUGAUUGAGAUUUUGAUCUGGGUUUCGGACGCGCUUGGAUCCAAUGAAUAUAUUCGGAAGUGCUUGAAAUUCUUGGUGAUGCAGCUAGGCUUUUCUCUAGUGAAAAAGACUUGGCCUUUGGAUCAGAAGCAUUUGAUCGUCUCUCUGGUGACGAUGAAUAAGAUGAAGAUGAUGAAGGAGAUUGCUCAUUAUGAUCUGAAAAGGCCGAAACUUUCAGUGACGCAUCUGGGUUCUUAUCUCUGGUGA